CCCCGGGCCGGACCUGCAUGGCCGUGGCGAGGUCGGCGGCGCGGCGUUGCGCCUGGGGCGCCCUCGGCGCGUCCCGGCCCCUGGCCUUCCCGCUGCACUACCGCCUUCCACAAGCCGGCGGGCUUCUCGAGCCAGCCCAACCAGCCCGUCCCAGGCGCCGUCUCUGUGUGGGACCUCUUCGAGCAGGCCCUGCGGCGUCUGGGUGGUGCUCCGCCGGGAGCCUGCACGAGGCGGCUCAGCCUGAUCGGGCGGCUCGACCUGGCCACCUCGGGGCUGGUGGUCUUCUCGAACUACCGCCCGAUGCACCUCGCGCUAUGCUCCCCCGGGGCCCAGCUCCAGAAGCGCUACCGGGCGAUCUGUGCCGGCCGCCUGUGGGACGGUGACGAGCGCCUCGCCUCACUGCGCGCCCCGCUGGCCAUGGUCGUGCGGUCGCCAAAGGGUCGCUCCAGCGUGUAG